CACACACCCUCGUCUCACUCACACACGCAUGCUCACGCACGGCGUUGUAAAUUUUGGACCAAGAUUGUCGACUUCCUUUCUAUCCCGUGAUAUACUCACUGAUCCCGCUAGCCUACCCAAUGACGACAGAGUUACCUACACAUUCGAGCAUGUGCACACUGACAUUCUUGUUGAUCCUCUCCUUAUGUGUAGCUUUGCACUCUUCAGGUGAGUACAAUAAUGCUGCGUAUUCAAUUCUUUUUUUUUUUUAACUGAUGUACGCGAAUAUUUUAGAAAUCAGGACAUGUUUCGAAAAACAUAAGACUAACCGAUAUAUGGAGUAAAUGGAGAAAUUAGAUGGGGGUUGGGGAAAACAAGGUUUUAAUAAUCGAAUCUUGUGUACAUUUUUGUUUUCAUUCAAAAAGGGGAAUUUAUUUCAUCUCACCCAUGCAUUACUGUUGGUAAAUGUUGGCUAUUGUUUUGUUUCGAAUUCGAAUUUUCCACUUCAAAGUAUGUUAUGUAUAAUGUAACUGAUUAAGCCUACAAUUAGAAAUUGUUGGGCGCAGCUCCACGCUAAUCUGAUCUACUUAACACAAUCAGUGAACUAUCGAGCCGAAGCUCAUGAAGUCUUCCCUAGCGCACCCCGGCCAACCCAACCGGCCUUCAACCACUCCCCCCAGUGGCCUUUAUUCCAGUCAGGCCCCGAACCGGCAGGCCCCGAACCGGCGGGCCAGGGGGGGGGGGAUUCCGCCUCCCAGACAGCCACAUCUGUCCUUCCACCAGAUUGGCCAUGCGUGGGCGCAGCUCCCCGCUAAUCUGAUCUACUUAACACAAUCAGUGAACUAUCGAGCCGAAGCUCAUGAAGUCUUCCCUAGCGCACCCCGGCCAACCCAACCGGCCUUCAACCACCCCCCCCAGUGGCCUUUAUUCCAGUCAGGCCCCGAACCGGCAGGCCCCGAACCGGCAGGCCAGGGGGGGGGGGGAUUCCGCCUCCCAGACAGCCACAUCUGUCCUUCCACCAGAUUGGCCAUGCGAGUGAGGCGGCAUCAGAGAAGGAACACCUGGUCUGCCGGGGUGCUGCUCUCGAAUCUCGAAGCAACCGGGCCGGACAUUCUUGGGCUGGGGGUGGAUAUAUUUUAUGUCUCUAUGCCCCACCCUUCCCACCCCGAGGAGACGACCGUUGUUAGAAAGGCGCCCUCUAAAUACGUCGGUUUACGUGGUUGCGACGAUGCGACUAUUUCACAUAGUAGCUGGGACGAAACGGUUACCUAGGAGCAGUUCCUCAAGACUGCAUAGAUCGAAUCAUCAGCGAGGGUCGCCACGUUCCCUCUCUUCACAUCCAUACGGCAGCAUGUAAUCAUAUCCCGACUUGUUUAUGCGUUAUUUCCUGCUGUACUUGGUAGGAACCAUGCAGCCGUGCUAUUUCUAAGGCAGUUUCUGAUCGAUACCUUUGCCUUCGAGCGUAGGUCCCCUACACGUUGAUUUUGUACCCCGGGUAGCGUUUAUGGGGGGUCUUGUGGUAAAUGCCUCUUGAUCGACAUAUCAUUUAUGGGACGGUCAUGCUGACUAGAGACAGCUCCCAACUGAAAGAUCCAAAAAAAAAAAAGAAAAGAAUAUUUUGACAAAAUUGGUCUUUAAUAAGAAACUAGCUAUCUUAAUGGCUUUGAUAUUUUGGCAUUUUUUGGGUUGUGGUGUUUGUACAUACUGUUACAAGGUUGGGCUCUUUUCUUUAAGUUCCCCUUUAACCUGGCCGAGGUCAGAUUACCACAGCCAGGAAGCACGACCCAAAACUAUUAAGCGAACAUCGACCCACUUUGAGGUCAGACAACUCGCACUGAUUUAUGUAUUUAUUUAUUUAGGAAUUUUUAUAUAGUGCUUACCUUAAAGCUCUAAGCGCUUUACAAUUAUUAAAAACAUGUAAACUAACUAAAAUAAAAAUGAGACAUUAGGAUAGUAACUACUAUUGAUAUCUUUGUUAAUUUUACCGAUAUUUUGCUCCUGUGAAACCGUGGUUUUGGCCUAUAUUACAGGAUUAACCCGAGACAGAAAAUGAGGCAGGGCAAGGAGGGUGCAUCACAGGUCAUAGGCGGACCUAAACAGAUGGGUUUUAAGGGACUUUUAAAAGUGGACGAGGUUUCACAAUGACGGAUAUGGAAGGGGAGCUGGUUCCAGAACGUGGGCCCAUGGAAGUAGAAGGAGCGUUCACCGAUGGUCUUAGUUUUGGUUCUUGGGAUUGAGAGGGUUCUAUUGUCAAUGGAAGAGCGCAGUUGUCUUGUGGGUAUGUAAGGAAGCAACAGUUCAGAGAGAUAGACAGGAAAGUGAGGGUCAGUGAACGAGUUGAAGCAGUAAAUAAGACUGGCAGAUCAACCCCAGAGAGACCAAAAUCAUGAGCACAUCGAUAAACGUGAUUAGCCUUCCGUUGCAUUUGCCAAUAACGAUAUAGGACCAUUCAAUAGUUAGCGGAAAUGUUAAUGCCAUCAACUUAAAAUUGUGAUGUUAUUGUUUAUAUUAUUAAUUUUGUGAGGUUAGAUAUUGUUAGUGUUAGGCCUGCAUUCAUUUCAUUAUAUGUAGAUUUCAUGUAUCUUUGUUUAUAUCACAAUCAAUGUAAUAAAGUACAUUUAUAUAGAAAACAGAUUGUCUUUAUUUUAGCCAAUGGUGUGUCUAAAAUGUACACGUGUUAGCCCUCUUUUCAAAUCCCCUAGACCACGAGCUUAUUCACAUUCAUUGAAAACAAUAAGGGAGUAACACUACAAACCUAAAUACGCUAUCUGAACAUAUUUACUAAAUGUUUUAUAGACAGUUGUCCUUUUGGUAUGGGGGUCACCACCAUUUUUUUUUUACAUGUCAUAUUCAUAUUGUGAAUCCAUCACUGGAUGCUAACAAACUUUGCAUUUCAUAUUGUGAAUCCAUCACUGGAUGCUAACAAACUUUGCAUUUCAUAUUGUGAAUCCAUCACUGGAUGCUAACAAACUCACAUUUCAUAUAGUGAAUCCAUCACUGGAUGCUAACAAACUCGCAUUUCAUAUUAUAAAUCCAUCACUGGAUGCUAACAAAACUCUCAUCUCAUAUUGUAAAUCAAUCACUGGAUGCUAACAAAACUCUCAUCUUAUGUUGUAAAUCCAUCACUGGAUGCUAACAAAACUCUCAUUUCAUAUUGUAAAUCAAUCACUGGAUGCUAACAAAACUCUCAUUUCAUAUUGUAAAUCAAUCACUGGAUGCUAUCAAAACUCUCAUCCGAUAUUGUGAAUCCAUCAAUGCAUGCUAUCAAAACUCUCAUUUCAUAUUGUAAAUCAAUCACUGGAUGCUAUCAAAACUCUCAUCCGAUAUUGUGAAUCCAUCAAUGCAUGCUAUCAAAACUCUCAUUUCAUAUUGUAAAUCCAUCACUGGAUGCUAACAAAACUCUCAUCCGAUAUUGUGAAUCCAUCAAUGCAUGCUAUCAAAACUCUCAUUUCAUAUUGUAAAUCAAUCACUGGAUGCUAACAAAACUCUCAUCUCAUAUUGUGAAUCCAUCACUGGAUGCUAUCAAAACUCUCAUUUCAUAUUGUAAAUCCAUCACUGGAUGCUAUCAAAACUCUCAUUUCAUAUUGUAAAUCCAUCACUGGAUGCUAUCAAAACUCUCAUCUUAUGUUGUAAAUCCAUCACUGAAUGCUAACAUUUACUCUCCUCCUAUCAGAUUUGAAUGAUCCAGUUUGCACGCCGUUCAACUGCUCGCGCCUAAAGUGUGUGUUAGGCAUCAGCGUCAAGGCGGAUUUGAGCGGAUGUGACGUAUGCACGUGCAACCCACCCUCGUGCCCGGCUGUGACGUGUACCAAUCAAUGCCCGGUGGGAUUUACAACGGAUGAAUCUGACUGUCCUACGUGCACAUGCGUAUCCACGAUGGGGGAGCUUUACUGAGACCUCGUGCCGUGAUCUAACGGAAGGAAUUGUUCAGGACGAUGUUAAGAUGUUGCUGCUCACUUGCGCAAACACGAUGCGCGUAGGCGGCAAAACGGCUUUAUUUUCAAGGGUGGCUUUUGUCAAAAUGUUAUCUCAAGGCCUUUUUUUUAAAAGAAUACAUUUUGUGGGAGAGCACAUUCUUUAAAACGAUUCCCUUUUCUUCCUCCCAAAGCUUUCGUGCCACACCAGACUUAUAUGAUAAUAAUACACAUUCAACAACUCUAUGAUUACGUCUGACAAAGAUGAACAAAACUGUUAUGCAUUAAUAAAAGAUAAAACAUACAACUAAUGGAGUUACAAUUUUUUAACUUUCAAAAUUUAAAUAUUC